AUGAAAGACAUGAAAAGGAAUUUGAAGAAGGGGACGUUUCCAACCAUUUGGAAAAAAUCCUCUCAAACACUAUCAAAGCGGAGUCGACGAUCGGUGAGUGAAAUUACAAUGUAUUUGCGCUGUGCUUAUCACCAUUAUAUUUAUUCUCCCAUUUACCUGUGACAUGAUUUUUUCUGGCAUCGUUGUUCAAUAUUCGUGUAAUGAAUGCUCUGACUAUUUGGACUUCCCAUAUUGUUGCAUGUGGUUUCAUACUUUUCUGCUUUCUUCUCAUAGUUAUAGUAAAACGGGCAUUUGCGCUGAGUGGACGUGAAGUCAAUUCCCCAAUUCCCAGACCUUUCCACUCAAGCGUAAAAUUUAGAAAAAGUGAAGCUACAUAGAGAUUAUGUGGCUGUUACUUGACAGUACUCCAAACUACCCUCCAAGAAAUCUUACAGCAAAUUAAGAGCGACUUUCUGUAUACCACGGAUAGGUGUGCAAGAUGGAAAAAUCGAAAUCCCCCAAACUUUGUCACAACAAAGCCCUUUGGAAACUAUUUUAGAAAAUACAAGACUCAGUUCGUUUGACUUAAUAUUUUCCAAAAUAAUAAUUUUUUUUAAUUUUCACCUUCGAGAGGCCUUCAAACCAACGAAAAAUGUGCUUGAUACACUCGCUUCGUGAAUGGAAACGGAAACUAAUACCAUGACUUCUCUUAUAUUAAACAAUUUUAUGAUCCUUCCUGUCUACCUAAACGUUGUUACAAUUUCAAAAGAUUUCAAUCUGAUUUUUUAAUAUUUUUUCAAAAUUACCCUCUAAAUCAGCAUUAUCGCCACCAUCAAUUUUGCCAUUUUUCAACGGCGAAAAUCCCAUCCUGGUACAUGGCUUUCAUUAGAAAAAUGGUAUUCCAGAGAAAGAGCAAUACUUCCCCUAUCAAUCUGUGAAAUAAAAUUCUGGGGCAAUUGAAACUGCGAGUUUUUACAACUGAAAACAUUUACGGUACUAGCGUGAUUUACGACCUCUGAACUUGCAGGUGUAUUGAUGAACACAAGGGAGAACUUCGACAGCACUUGAAACUCUGGCGCAAAUUCGCCCCUUUUCCGCCAGUUUAAACACCAAAAACGAUUUUAGAUUUCACAGUGGUAAGUUUUCAAAAGGAAAAGCAAUUUUAUUGUACGAAAGUGUGCUAUGAACUUCUUGACUACAACACUUCCCUUACGUGCGUAUUUGUUUACUUUUGCCGUAUUUGUGACAGUUAUCAUAUAUGUACAAACCGCUUUAAUGUCGGUAGCUAUUCUUUAAAAUGCUCUCAUUUCUCAUGAACCAAACCGUUAUAGCUAUAAAAAAGGAAAACGUUUUGACCUACCUCGCAUUAUUUGACAACGACCCGAAUCCUUUACUGCCUUCAGCGAAACGAGAUUGCGUGACAAAGAACUUUCAGACCCAGGUUAUACCGCGAAGACAGAUACCAUUCCGAAAAAGACGCUCACGCGGCGCCUUCUGUAACUAUAAAAGCAAAACAUGUAAAUAAUCAAAAUCCUCAGUUUCACUGACUUAUCCGCUAGAGCGAUUAUGAAAACGUAAGACUAAAAAAAAUAUUUUCCACAAGAGACUAUGAAGUGGUGGGCCCUUACAGUCCCUUACUUUCCAUAAAUGCCUGCUUACACAUUUUGAAAUACGCAUAUGAAUUCCUUACUUUUAUCCUUAGAAAAAUGACAUUGAGGGUAAAAAAAAGCGCUGAUUCGUAGUCUGAAAUAUCAUUCGUCCCUUCCCCCCCAGCCCCUAAGAGGCGGCAGCCCGUUUCGGGUUGGGGCGAAGAAACGCAGACUGGACAGGUCGGGGCUAGAAAACCUGCAUAAUUUUAGAGCACCUCUUGUGCUAAAAGCAAAGCUUUCUGUACUUCUGGCAACCUCGAGCAAGUUUUGCAUUUCUGAGCAACGUUUGGGAAAAAUAUAGGCUUAUGUCAAGCCAGAAAAAAAAAUGUCAAGUAUGACUGAACCGCGCCCGUAUAAGCGCCCCUAACGACUCUGGCAGGGGGGAGGGGGGAUUUUGAAAUGGAGAAAAGGGGGCCUAGCUCUAAGCAUACCGUCUGCGCUUUAGCUGUGAGUCUGCCUUGGAGAUAAAUUUCGCUUAUAUUUCGGAGCAAAUCUUCAAAGAAGAUUGCAAGCCGUAUUGUUGCGUCCGUCUGAAACGCUGGAGCGGUGAAACCAGUGAUCGCGCCCCUCGCACCUUGAAAAAAAAACCGCUUUUUCUGAGGAGAAAAAAAAGGAAGAAAGGAAACUAAAAAAUCAAAAAAGAAGGAAAGGCCGUUCGCACUAACUGAAAGCUAUUGUUUUUUGCAUUACUAUUGAAAAUCUGAAAAGGAACAGUCUUACACACGUAGCCCUCGGGGCGGUACCAGGUGAAUAUAUCACAUACCCCAUCGUUCCAGGUAUAUAACCUUUACGUGAGCGUAGGAUGUAAGACACACUUGCGGAUACGCGUAAGCAUAACGUGAGAUACCCAGGCGUAAAAGAAAUAACAGUGGCGCUGCUAAUGUUGGCUCCCCUCAAAAAUGAAGCGUAUUAACGUGGGGUUCAAAAGUGAGAUAUUCGGAUAUCUUCGGAUAAUUGAUAGCGAGUUAUUUCCAGUCCACGGACUUUCUCCUAAAUUUUUCGAAAGUAUUUGUUCUCUUAAAAAAUCCAGAAUUUCGAGAUUUGUUGAUGGUUUUAUACAUACGCUAAUUAUGAAAUUCCUUUUGUUUUUUCCUAACGAUAAGUUAAAUCGGUCAAGAAAAAACAGCUUUCAGUAAGUUAAAAUAAGUUUUUUGAAGGCGCGAUCUUUGGCUUCAUCGCUGAGCGUUCCUGACGGGCCCAAAUAUACGGGCUUGCAAUCUCCUUUAAAGAGUUGCUCGAAACUGUGGGCCAAAUUUAUUGCCAAGGGAAACGUACAACUGAAAAGCAGGCGGUAUGCUUAGAGCUAGGCCCCCUUUGCUCAAUUUCAGAGUUUCCCCUCCCCACCCAGCCUCCCCCUCCCGCUGGAGUCAUUAGGGGCGCUUAUAUGGGCGCGGUUCAGUCGUACUUGACAUUUUCUAUCAAAAUGGUCACUUUUUCUGGCUUUACAUGUGCCAUAACCUACAUUUUGGCAAAAGGUUGCUCAGAAAUGCAAAACUUGUUCGAGUUUGCCAGAACUACAGAAAAUUUAAACACAAGAGGUGCUCUAAAGUUAUACAGGUUUUCUAGCCCCGCCAUGUCUAGUCUGAAAUGUUAUGCGUGUCUUCGCCCCACCCCGAAACCUGCUGCGGCCCCUUAGGGGGUGGAGGGAGGGACGGAUGACAUUUCAGACUACGACUUAACGCUUUUCCCCCCUCAAUGUCAUUUUUCUAAGAAUACAAGUAACGAAUUCAUAAUCAUAUUUCAAAACAAGCGUGAUGAAAACAAGAGACUACAGUGGAACCUCGAUUUAACGAAGGGCCAAGGGACUAACAAAAUUUCUGAGCCACCCAACGACGGUUUCCUUCUAAAUUCAUUGAAAACACUUUUCAGUGGUGUACCCAGAGUACUUUUAGAUCUCUAGAAAUGCAUUCUAAGCGGCUUGUAAAAUUUGUUCCUCUUCGGUCAUCCUAGGGGAACUUGCAUUGAGUAUUUUCGAAAUUACAAGGGCUUCAGUAUUAUUUUCCCCAACAUUUUAGAUGAAAUUUAACGUAUCACGAAAGUGAGAAUUUUUCUGAUUCCUCUCUCAAUCACAUGUUUGAAUCCGAACAUUUUAGGUUUCCUCUUUUCUACGAAAAAUUAGCCUAACCUGGGAUGUAAAAUGGGAAAAAUUAAACUUCAGAAAAUCGUAGGGAAUUUAUAAGAUAACCUUUGAAAAUUGAACGGAAUGGUCAUCUAGAAAUUUUUAGGCGUCCUCAAGCUAUAGAAAAUUCUAGGCAAAUCUACUUCUCCAAACAUAUAUUUUAUAGAAAACAGUCGUUGAGUGCCCCUGAAAUUUGCUCGCUAUAACGAGGUUUCGUUAUAUCGAGGUUUUUUUUCAUACCGAAAAUCCUCUAUUAAGCCCCCCCCCCGGGGAGGGGGGGGCUUAUUUAUUUCAAAGCCAUUUGAGGGGGAGGAGCUUAAUAGAGACGGGGCGCUUAAUAUAUUUAAUUUAGAAACCACGAUGGUAUCGGUUCUCCAUAAAGAACUAGAAUACAAAGUGGUGAAAGCUCACGUACAAGAAGUUUUAGGUCAUGCAGCCGAGGAUCAUAAUCAAAUCCGAACUUCCAGUCGGUAAAUAAUUAACCAUACCGGAUCUGUCCACACGAAGUUUUACGGUCGUGAUUGAUCGAUCCAGUCUUUCAUUUAUUAGUGAAGAAUAAUUAGGGGUGGGAAGCGGGUGCUUGAUAGAGGGGGAGUGGGGGAGGGGGCUUAUUAACUUUCUUCUCCUGAAAAGGGGGGGCUUAUUAGAGGGAGGGGGCUUAUUUGACAAGGGGCUUUGAUAUAGGUUUUACGGUAUAUUUUACUAUUAUUGCUGAGGUAAAGAAAAUCUUUCGUAAGUUCUUUUGUCGCGGUUCCACUGUAUAAGGGCCUACCCCUAUAUAGUCUCUUGACGAAAAAAUAUUUCUUUAAUGUUACGUUUUUAAUGUUAAGUCAACGAAACUAAGGAUUUUGAUUAUUUACAUGUUUCGCUUUUAUAGCUACAAAAGGUGCCGCGUGAAGUUCUUUUUCGGAAUGGCAUCUGUCCCCGCGGUAUAACCUGGGUCUCAAAGUUCUUUGUCACGCAAUCUCGUCUCGCUAAAGGCAGUAAAGGAAGGAUUCGGGUCUGUUGUCAAAUAAUGUGAGGUAGGUUAAAAUGUUUUCCUUUUUUAUAGCUAUAACGAUUUGGUUCAUGAGAAAUGAGAGCAUUUGAAAGAAUAGCUACCGACACUAUUAGCCGUUUUGUACAUAUAUGUACCGAACGGCAAAAGUAAACAAAUACGCACGUAAGGGAAAUGUUGUAGUCAAGAAUUUCAUAGCACACUUUCGUACAAUAAAAUUGCUUUUCCUUUUGAAAACUUACCACUGUGAAAUCUAAAAUCGUUUUUGGUGUUUAAACUGGCGGAAAAGGGGCGAAUUUGCGCCAGAGUUUCAAGUGCUGUCGAAGUUCUCGCUUGUAUUCAUCAACACAACUGCAAGUUCAGAGGUCGUAAAUCACGCGAGUACCGUAAAUGUUUUCAGUCGUAAAAACUCGCAGUUUCAAUUGCCCCAGAAUUUUAUUUCACAGAUUGAUAGGGGAAGCAUUGCUCUUUCUCUGGAAUACCAUUUUUCUAAUGAAAGCCAUGUACCAAGAAGGGAUUUUCGCUGUUGAAAAAUGGCAAAAUUGAUGGUGGCGAUAAUGCUGAUUUAGAGGGUAAUUUUGAAAAAAUAUUAAAAAAUCAGAUUGAAAUCUUUUGAAUUUGUAACAACGUUUGUGUAGAAAGGAAGGAUCAUAAAAUUGUUAAAUAUAAGAAAAGUUAUGGUAGUAGUGUCCGUUUCCAUUCACGAAGCGAGGGUAUCAAGCACAUUUUUCGUUGGUUUGAAGGCCUCUCGAAGGUGAAAAUUAAAAAAAAUUAUUAUUUUGGAAAAUAUUAAGUCAAACGAACUGAGUCUUGUAUUUUCAAAAAUAGUUUCCAAAGGGCUUUGCUGUGAUAAAGUUUGGGGGAUUUCGAUUUUUCCAUCUUGCACACCUAUCCGUGGUAUUUACAGAAAGUCGCUCUUAAGAGUUACACGGGUUUCUUUUAAAAGGACCAAAAAUGGACUUAGUCUGAUUUCUACAAUCUAUAAGUUCAGUUACUGUUUGCGGUUUUUUUUUUCGUUUGUAUUUUAAUUCUAUUUUCACUGUCUGCAAAUGUUGCAUACAUUUUAAGGCAAAGAUGUGGUUAAACCUUGCUUCCAUUUCUAGUUUUGAAAACAUCGACAUAAAGCUCAAAUUUAAACUUGUUUUGAAGGGGAGAUAUAAAAAAUGGUCUUACCUAUUUUCAUUUUUAGCUACUAAAUGAAAUUCUGGCUGGUCAAACUACUAAUGAGGAUACAGAGGAAGAAGACAAUCCUGAAGAAGAGGUGAUCUCUUUGAAAGGAAGUUCUGCACCUGAGGAGAGUGCUAACACUAUGGGGGCUCCCAGUCUCAACCCUGAGGAGUCUCCAGAAGUCGAGGGUGUUCUGAAUACAAGUCAGGGUUCUUUGCUUGAGGCAAAUCCUGAAAAUGAGGGCUGCAUCCCUGAGACUGAGACGGGUGAGAUAAGUGUUGAGGCUGAGAUGGCUUCAGAGGUCCUAGGUACUCCUGGUGAUGAGACAGCUCUCGAGAGCCAAGGGAUUUCAGGCACUGAUGAGGUUACUGACACCAUGCAGAUCCUGGAGGCUCAGGGAAUCGAAAAAGUGCAGGAUAUGGAUGAAGUUAUGCAGAUUGAUGAAUCAUUAACGAUUCCUGAACUUGAACAAGUUUCUGUGGUAGGCGCAUAACUCUAAUUAAUGUUUAUUUGCAUCUUUGUAUUAUCAUAACAAUGGAAAACUACAUGUGCAGUUAUUUUACAACAAUACUAAAACACAAAAAUUCUAAAGUCUUGUUAUUACAGCCCGUAUUAAUGUUGAAAGUUUGUUUUUUGUAGGAUACUCCAACUGGACAUGCUGGGAAUUGCGCAACAUGCAAAACCCUGAGGAGUGAGGUGACUCAGUUAAGGGGCAAAGUCACAAGACUGAAGAGUAAGUUAAUCUCCAAUCAAGAUCAGUGGGUUGAAACCUUUAAGACUAUACAAGAGCCGAAGCAG